UGAUCAGCGCUGGUGCGUAGUAGCUAACGAUGGUGGCCUCCAUGGCGUCCGCCGCGUUCGUCCUCGUUGCCAUCGUCCUCCCGAUCUCGCCGUUCGCCCAUGCUCAGCGGACAACACAGCCACCCAUUGUGGCGCCAACAAUGCCACCAACACCACCGCCCACACAACCACCGUCUCCCGGACCGAUGGCGCCGAUGCCGUCACCACCUCCCCCAACUCAACCACCAUCCCCGGGACCGAUGCCGCCGAUGCCACCACCACCGGCGCCGAUGCCGUCACCUCCACCAAUGCAACCACCGUCCCCAGGACCUAUGCCGCCGAUGCCACCACCCCCGGCGCCGAUGCCGUCGCCACCGCCGCCAACACAACCGCCGUCCCCAGGACCCAUGCCGCCGAUGCCGUCACCUCCACCAAUGCAACCACCGUCCCCAGGACCCAUGCCGCCGAUGCCACCACCACCAGCGCCGAUGCCGUCGCCACCGCCGCCAACACAGCCACCGUCCCCAGGACCCAUGCCGCCGAUGCCACCACCUCUGGCGCCGAUGCCGUCACCUCCACCAAUGCAACCACCGUCCCCAGGACCCAUGCCGUCGCCACCGCCGCCAACACAACCGCCGUCCCCAGGACCCAUGCCGCCGAUGCCACCACCUCCGGCGCCGAUGCCGUCACCUCCACCAAUGCAACCACCGUCCCCAGGACCCAUGCCACCGAUGCCGUCGCCACCGCCGCCAACACAACCGCCGUCCCCAGGACCCAUGCCGCCGAUGCCGUCACCUCCACCAAUGCAACCACCGUCCCCAGGACCCAUGCCGUCGCCACCGCCGCCAACACAACCGCCGUCCCCAGGACCCAUGCCGCCGAUGCCACCACCACCAGCGCCGAUGCCGUCGCCACCGCCGCCAACACAGCCACCGUCCCCAGGACCCAUGCCGCCGAUGCCACCACCUCCGGCACUGAUGCCGUCACCGCCUCCGCCAACACAACCGCCGUCCCCAGGACCGAUGCCGCCAACGCCACCACCUCCGGCGCCGAUGCCGUCACCGCCUCCGCAAAACCAACCACCACCACCCGGCCGUUGCCCACUCAUCAAAAUAGUUAUCCUUAAAGAGUGCACAAAACUCUCGUUAUUCGAUCUGGUACUAAAUCCAAGCAAGGCUAGGCAACAGUGUUGCCCACCGCUGGAGGAUCUAUCCAGCAGCGGCGCCACUGACUGCCUGUGCCGCGCUCUCAAAGGCCCUAUCGGCGUCCUUCCUCCUCCGAUCAGGGUGAUUCUGGGCCUCUGCGGCAAGACCGUCGAACUCAACCUAUUCUGUCACUGAUCAGAUGUGCCCGAAUCCAGCUUAGUAUAAGUAUAUAGAUCGGCCGAUCUUGUUUCGAAGCUACUAAAAUCGAAUGGCUUGGCCUGCAUGCUUUACAAGGAGCUUCAGUUUUACUGCUACGAAGAAACACUGGCGGAGAAAUGUUUUUUUA